AUGUCUGACAACACGUUGAAACGUAAAAUCGACGAACAAGAAGAAGAGGAGCCUCCCAUCAAGCGUGCAGCUCUCGAUGAUACCUCACUGAAGCUGCCGGAACUUGAAGGGCCUCCUAGUCCUGUUUUGGGUGCCGAUUCAACCGAAGACGAAACUAACAAACCUUCUCUGAAUAAACCAGAACCUCUCAACCCAUCUGAAAGUGAUGAUGACUACCAGGUAGAGCCACCUAAGGAAGAUUCUUCAAAACUCACUGAUAAGCUGACAGAUGUUAGCCCCAGUGUAUCAGUGCCAUCUCACUCUGCUCCACCGUCGACUAUAAGCUAUCCUCAGCCUUCACCUCCCCCUGCUUCACCACCUCGCCAAAGUCCAUACAGUAGAUCUCUGGCUCUAGGACAACUUGGUUCUUUGAUAAAUGCUUACGGUACCUCCACUCCUGCUAUCAAUCCAAUUACUAAUUCUGGUGUAAGUCAAGCAAUUGGCACCACCACCAGCUAUGGAACCUCUCAAGCUUAUGAUCCAGUACCUUUCGCUAAUCACCUUGAUUAUACUUCGAGACCUAUGGCUAAUCACCAAGCUGAACGUGAACUGGACCCUACUUAUGUUUCAUUUCGCAUGUAUUGCCCAGUCAAAGAGGCAAGUUUUGUGAUUGGGAAACGCGGAGAUAUGAUAAACCAUCUUCGUGAAAAGGCCAAUGCCCGAAUCCAGGUGAGUGAGAAUAUCAAGGACGUUCAAGAACGUAUCAUUCUGGUCAAGGGACCUGCAGAGAACGUUGCAAAGGCUUUUGGUUUAAUCACAAGAGCUAUCUUAGAGGAGCCAGAAGACGAGCCAGCAUCGAUAAUGAGCCGCCAGUAUAAUCUCAAGGUACUCAUACCGCACCCAAUGGUUGGCUAUAUAAUUGGGAAAGGUGGUAGUAAGUUUCGUGAGAUCGAAGAGAAUUCGGCUGCGAAACUUAAAGCUGCUGAACAGCCAUUGCCUAAUUCCACUGAUCGUGUUCUAUCCGUAUUGGGUGUUGGAGAUGCCAUUCAUAUUGCAAUCUACUAUAUUUCUCAGGUGAUUAUCGAACACAAGGAUAUCCUCAAAAAGCACAAGAUUGUAUACUACACCCCAGGUAAUAACCAACUCAUGAACAAUACCAUGGGCCUAAUUCCUAAUAAUACUUAUGGUAACACAGGGAUUAUUGGAAACGAUCCAAUUCAAGGCGGUGCACCUUUUCAGCAUAAUUACCAGAGACAGUUCCAGCCAUCUGCUCCAUCCCACAACCAAAUCACUACACCGGUUCCUACCCAACUGUACACAGAUGAACAUGGGAAUACUAUGAUUGGAGACGUGAUUACCAGUGUACCUGUUCCUGCUGGUACUGGAACCGACAAGUUUAGCGAAGAUGUUUUCGUGGCUAAUACCAACAUUGGUUCAGUUAUUGGAAAGGGAGGAAACAAUAUAAAACAGAUAAGAGAGUCAAGUGGGUGCAGCUAUGUCAAAAUAGAGCCUGACCAACACCAAACUAUCAUGCUAGGUAGAGGUAGAGGGCUAACUAGUAUUCGGAAGUUGACGUUGACGGGGUCCAUCAAUCUGAUACAAACUGCCAUCUACUUGAUAAACCAAAGAAUCGUCGCUGAUAAGGAAAGAAAUAUGUAA